GGUGAUCCCGAGCGCGUACACCACGUUUUCAUUACGCGCCUUCUCCGUCCAUCGUUUCGAACCCCAUAGAAAGGCCGAUUUCACACAUCAAACAGGUAAUCUCCACUUCAUCUUCGACAGUGCGACUUUGAAGACUCACAGGAUCCCUUUCCUCUGCGCCACGGAUCUUCAACUUGUGCAUUCGGAAGACCGCAGACCGUGGCCAUGCUCCGAAACCCUUGGCCUAUGCCAUCUCAAGACCUGACGGUCACAGGUAAUACCCUCUGCGCUCCGCACCGUUCCCAUCACUGGCCUUGGCCGCCAAUCGCCGUCCCCCCAUUCUCAUGCAGUAGCCAGUUGGACAAUCGGGCUGCCCGAUGCUGCAGCAAGCCAUUCUCAGCCAUACCCUCCGAGUCUUCUCGUCAUUCCCGCAUCGCGAUCUCUCGCGCAUCCAGAUUAUACAUAUUUAUUCGUGCCGCGGUUCUGUGCCUCUGCGCCCCGUCCAACGCGUUGCCUCCGGUCUGAGCGGGCUCCAGCCAGCCAGCCAGCCAUCGUAGCGUGCUGCGCAUGGGGACAUUCCCUGCGCGCUCCAUCGGCGGUCUUCGUGGUGGGACAUUCACCUUGCCCAUCGCGUCCAUCGAUCGCUGGUCACAAGACCCACAUACUCCCCUGCCAUCGACCAGGGUUUCCUAAAGCUCGCACCCAUCGCGC